GCAGGUUUCCUCCAAUCACAAAAGUAAAGACUAAAGACAGUAAAGGUAACACAUUUAUAGCUCUUGAGCCCAUUAUUUUGCCUCUCCCUGACACACACACACUCUCUCCCUCUCUCCCUCUCUCCCUCUCUCCCCUUUCUCUUUCCCUAUUCUCCCCUCUCUCUCUAAAAACCCACCACCAUGGAUUCCAUGGUAUUGAUUUGCACACUAACUCUCCUCUUCGGAGGCCUCUAUUGGUUCAUCUGUGUGCACGGCCCUGCUGAACAAAAAGGCAAACGUGCUGUUGAUCUUUCCGGCGGUUCAAUCUCCGCCGAAAAGGUCCAAGACAAAUACAAACAAUACUGGUCCUUUUUCCGCCGCCCGAAAGAAAUCGAAACGGCCGAAAAAGUCCCUGAUUUCGUAGAUACAUUCUACAAUCUUGUCACUGAUAUCUACGAAUGGGGUUGGGGUCAAAGCUUCCAUUUCUCCCCUUCAAUCCCGGGUAAAUCCCACCGCGAUGAAACCCGUAUUCAUGAAGAAAUGGCUGUUGAUCUAAUCCAAGUAUCUCCAGGUAACAAAAUUCUCGAUGUUGGUUGUGGUGUUGGUGGUCCGAUGCGUGCAAUCGCUCGUCAUUCCCGUGCGAAUGUGGUCGGAAUCACCAUCAACGAAUAUCAAGUUAACCGUGCAAAAAUGCACAAUAAAAAAGCUGGGUUAGAUUCUUUAUGCGAUGUCGUUUGUGGUAAUUUCCUCGAGAUGCCUUUUGAUGAUAAUUCCUUUGAUGGAGCCUACUCAAUCGAAGCAACAUGUCAUGCUCCCAAACUAGAAGAUGUAUAUGCGGAAAUUUACCGGGUCUUAAAACCCGGAUCCCUUUAUGUUUCUUAUGAAUGGGUCACAACCCAUAAGUACAACCAUGAGGACCCGGAACAUAGAGAUGUAAUCCAAGGGAUUGAAAGAGGUGAUGCACUUCCGGGUAUGAGGAGCUAUUCGGAUAUUUCUAUGGCGGCAAAGAAAGUGGGUUUUGAGGUUGUGGAAGAAAGGGAUUUAGCUGCUCCACCAGCGAAACCAUGGUGGAACCGACUUAAAAUGGGUCGGAUUGCGUAUUGGAGGAACCAUAUUGUGGUUACUAUAUUAGCUGCUAUUGGGGUUGCACCGAAAGGUACGGUGGACGUUCAUGAGAUGUUGUUCAAAACUGCUGAUUAUCUUACACGUGGCGGUGAAUCUGGAAUUUUUAGCCCUAUGCACAUGAUUCUCUGUAGAAAGCCUCGUGAUGCUAACUGUGUGGACAACUACGAUUCUUGAUUUCUUAUGGGAGGAGAUUUGGGGAAUUUAUGAUGACGAGGUAAUUAAUUGUAAGAAAGAACAAAAUAGUCAGGAUUUUGUGUUCCUUCUCUUAUCAAGUUCAUCAGUACUUUUUUUUAAUAUUUUUUUCUGCAGUUAAAAAGGCUAGCUUUUUUGCUUAAUUUAAUAUUUUUGUCUCUUUUUUGUUUAUUUAAAGUAUUAGAUUAAAUUUGGAUUUGGAUUUGGAUUUGUUUUGGAUAUUUAAUUAAAUUAAAUUGAAUCAUGUGGA